CAUAAUCAAAACCCUUGGAAAAUGGAUUUAGUACUAAAUAGGAGGAGAUCAAUUAUAUGCACGCCUCUGCAAUUAUUAAAAAAAUUCCUUAACGAGAUCUAGAGUGCAUUUGAGGUAAUGUGGACAAAGAUUUACCUUUUCGUGAGUGAUGCAUUUUCUAUAAAUUGGACACAUACACAUUAGGUAUAUUCUUUAUCUUUUUAUAUAUAAUCAAAAUUUCUCUAUCAUGGCGACGAGACAGAAUCCAGGCUUCAACGGGUCUUUUGCGCACAGAUUUAUCCCGUUUCAGCUGCUAAUCCAAGCGCUUCAGAAUCCUCAAAAGAUUUUUUAAAAUUCAAUUUCAUUCUCCAACCAUUUUCUGCCCUAUUCUUGAAGGUCUUUUUGUUUUUGGGUGAGAUUUUGUUUUUUGUUUUUUAAUUUGUCAUUUGGCUCUGCUCGAUCUUAAUUUUUCUCUUAAUCCAUCAGUGAUUUUAAAUUUGAUGGUGGAGAAGUCUGUUUCAUUUAAAUUAGUGGUCUCUUAGCCCCUUGCAUCUUUCAAGGAGUUUUUUUUCGGAAUUGAGGGCUUCAAUUGGGUACAUUUAUACGUACCUUUUAUUUCUCAGUAAUCGGUGUGAAUUGUUCUGGGUUCGAGUUCAGGAUCCAGAUUAUUGAUUUUUGUUUAUUUGAGUAGUUUCGUCGAUCAAAUUCGUGUUACGGGUAUGCUAUAUUCUUCUAUCUUUUAAAGUAUUUUCAAGCUGGAAUAAGUUUUGAAUCAUUUGUAAAUUUUGUUUGACCAUAGUUGGAUUCGUUCACAAAACGGGUGCUUUUUAUUUACUAUUAUUAUAGCAGUUUACGUCUUAAAAUAGGGGCAGUAGUGUGAAAAGGGAUUUUAAAGACGAGGACAUGCUUGUAAAUUCUCAGAAAAGAGUAAUGAGGAGUAUUUAGAAAUCUGCGAAGCCAUAUCCUACGAAUUUGCCCUUUUGGUGUUUUUCUCUUUGCUAAUUUCUGAUGGAUAUUCCCUUUCCCACAAAAAUUCAAGUUUGACCACUUAACAUUCCAUCUCCUCUGACAAGCCCUAGAACCUCCCCCGAGUGCGUAAUUCCAUAGCCUAAUUUCUGUUUAACUGGCGGAAAUCAAUCUCAGGAGUUCAUUAGGAGAAGAAUAUUCAAUUUUGCAUUCAAGUUAUCCUUACUCAGAAAAUGGCACAAGAUGGUGAUUUUCCUCCUAGAGAGGUGGGUGACUAUGUUAUCAACGAGUACAUUGGAUCGGGCUCAUUUGCGGUCGUCUGGCAUGCAAAGCACAAGUUCACCGAUCGUGAAGUUGCUAUCAAGGAAAUUGCAACCAGGAAACACAACAAAAAGGUGUUAGAUAGUCUUGAGAUGGAGAUUGAAAUUCUGAAGAAUAUUGAUCAUCCAAAUAUCGUACGCCUGCACGACAUUGUUCGGACUCCUGGUAAAAUAUAUAUUUGCUUAGAGUACUGCUCUGGUGGGGAUCUAUCUUCGUACAUUCAAUGUCAUGGACGAGUUUCAGAAGAUACUGCCAGGCAUUUUAUGCGUCAAAUUGGUUCGGGCUUAAAAAUGCUUCGGGAACACCAUGUUAUACACAGAGAUCUAAAGCCACAGAACCUCCUGCUCUCUACAAAUGAUAGCAAUGCGGUGCUGAAAAUUGCAGACUUCGGGUUUGCCAGGCCAUUGCAACCUCAAGGAUUAGCCGAAACUAUGUGUGGCUCACCUCUGUACAUGGCUCCAGAGAUCAUGCUAGAACAAAAGUAUGAUGCAAAGGCAGAUCUUUGGAGUGUUGGCACUAUUCUUUUUCAGCUUGUAACAGGAAGAACGCCAUUUUCUGGGACUAAUCAUUUACAGCUGAAGCACAACAUACUGAAAUCAAAGGAAUUGUCAUUUCCACCAGAAGUAGGAAGCCUGAACCCAAAUUUUAUUGAUUUAUGCUGUAAAUUGCUGCGUCAAAAUCCAGUGCAAAGAUUAACAUUCGAGGAGUUCUUCACUCAUGAAUUCCUUAAAGAAGCAAAGUUGGAUACCUCUCAAAAAUUAGAAGGGCUUACAGGUGGUCCCAGUAAGGAUUCGUUUAUGUUAGGAGGCAAUUCAUUGAGUGACAUUGGAGAGAGCUCACAGGAGGAUUGUUUACCUUUUCCUUUGGAUGAUGAUUUAAAUGGUCAAUUGGGAAGUUUAUCUUCUUCCUCAAAGAAAAAUAUGUUCACCAGUUCCAUUUCUUCUGGCUUUGUGGGUGCUGCUGUAGUGGCUGGAAAAAAUCCAUCUUCAAAAAUUCCCAUCAAUAAAGAAUUGCUUUCUGGAAGUGUAGAAUCUGAUACGAACCAGCCAAUCCUAUUUAUUACUAAUAAACAAGAAAGACCCAUAAGCACCAAUUUGUUUAGAUCCCCAGCAGCUGUCAUGGAACACAAAUGUAUGAAUACGCCUUCGUCUAAAGAGCUCGACACCUUUGAGUAUAUGGAUCAAGAUUAUGUUGUUGUUCCUUCCCCAUCAACAACAGAGCUUUCUUAUGCAUCAAUUAGUGCCUCUGGGCUAGGUAAGUUGGCAGCUUCUCCAACAAAGCCCAUUCAGAAGAUUCAAGCUAUGAGUGCUCCAAUGGCAAUAGCUGGGGCUGCAGUAGAUAUUGUAGGCAGUUCUGGAAGUCCUGGAAAUCAUAGUUCAAUACGAUCAGGCACUUCUCCAGGUUCAGCUGAUGAUAUGGUGAAUCAACCCUCCACCAAUCCUCGAACAAGGCUCCUAUCAUUGAUGCGGUGUGCUCAUGCAAUUUCUGAUCAAGCAAAUGAAAAGCUUAAAUCAGAGAAACAGUUGGAGGCAUUUUCACUUCAGCUUGUGUGCUUAGCCAUUUGGAAGCAGGCUUUGCAUGUAUGCUACAAUUGGGCUGCCUCUGCUACAGAAGGAAGUUUGUCUCCAGAUGUAAUUGACAGCAAUGAAAUAUUUAACAGAAGUGCCAUUACUGCACGAAUAUCAGAAGAAUUUGACUUCCAUGGAGCAGCAGCUGCUUGCUCACAAAUGGAAAGAGAGUUCCUUACAGCAGUUGAGCAUGCUGAAAGGAUUGCCCCAUCGGAUGGCAAUGCAGAGAUGCCUGAUGCAAUGGAAGGUAUAUUUCAGGAAGCUCUGUGCUUGGGCAGAAGGGGUGCUGUGAAAGAACUGAUGAGCAAUGUAAAUGAGGCUGCAAGUCUCUAUUCAAAAUCUGUGACACUGUUUCACUUUCUUCUGGUUGAGGCAACUUCUUUGACACUAAACCCACCCUUCUUGCUCAAUAAUUCUGAUCAGCAUCGACUUCGCCGUUACAUCGAUGUCUUAACAUUUAGACAAAACCAAUGCAGUAUGAACAGGAUGAGCAUACCACAUCGUGUAGGCCUGCAAAGUGUCUGAACUAGGAGUCCUUUAUACAAAGAUUCUUUGCUGGGGAUUUUCUGAUUUAACUGAUUGGCAUCAGGAAGUCAGAAAUUUGUUACCAACUUCACUCCAAAAUAUUUUGGUGUGCUGUAUCUUUAAUAUAAUGAACUUAGCCUUGAGGAAAACCAUGGUUAGCUGGCAGUAUGCUUUUAUAGCUUUUGUGAUGUAAAAUCAAUUGUUUCAUUGUAUAUAUGUAUACAUAUUCUUUCAUUCUUCAAUUGGCUUGGUCAAAAAUUUA